AUGGAGGAAAACUACAUCCGACUACCAAGGACUAUCAAGGAUAGUAUGUUGCGUACCAGGCGUAUCGGCGUUCGUUACCUAUGGGUGGAUAGAUUUUGCAUCGUUCAAGAUGAUUAUCGCCAUAAAUACACCCAGAUCAAUUUCAUGGCAUCGAUAUACGCCAAUGCCUACUGCACUAUCGUGGCAGCCAAUGGCAAUAAUAACAACUCCGGGCUUCCCGGGAUCGACCCGAAUGCCCAUCCGCGCGCAGCUCCGCAUCUGAUAUCUGACUUCACCGAAUCUUGUUCCGCGUUAAUUGCAAGAACCGUUCCAUGGCAGAUUGUGGACCUAUUUCGUUCUUGGCCAGAUAUCGAAACAUAUCGUCAGGCUGUGCAGGAAUACUCGGCUCGAGAGCUAACAUUUCCUGACGGUGUACUCAAUGCAUUCUCGGCAAUUGCGACUUUAAGCGGACGGGCCAUGCAAGGAGGAAUCUUGUUCGGGCUACCGGAACUGUUCUUCGAUGGAUGCCUGCUCUGGCGUGCCAAUCUAAAGCCACUGCAACGAAGGGUAGAUGUAAACGGUCGAGCCAUUAAACAAUUCCCCAGCUGGAGCUGGACCGGAUGGAUCGGGGCGGUAGACACGAGUCUCUGGAGUCACGUGCACAAAUAUAUCGAAACUGGUGAAAACUGUUCCCUCGCUUUGCGCGCCAACAUACAAUGGUUCAAAGAGUACAACGAGAGCAGCGAACGUCUCGCGAUCAAGAAUUCGUACUAUACGGAAGCGCUCAAAGAUGCGACCGAAGCGGACCACGAACGUUUACCGUUGAAUUGGAAAUUCUCCCGCGCAGUGCCUCUUAGCGAUCACCCUCUUCCUCCAAAUGAAAAUGUCUGGAGUCCGGUCCUGUUGUUUCGAUCUCAGCGACUGGGCCUAUUUCUCGGGGAGUUGUUCCAGAGGGAAAACUAUCGUCGAACCCUAGCGUAUGUAUUGAAGGAUAGGAGGAAUGCAGUCGUCGGAUUAGUGAUUCCGGACGAGGCAGUUGCGGAGAGCAGGAUUGGAGAAGCGUGCGAACUUAUAUCGAUUGGUCAAGGCAGUGCUAUUUUGGAGGGUAGCGGCGUAGAUCCUUGGAUUCACUACCCAGAUUGGGCACGCGCACAUCUCCAAGGCAUCUACGAGGGGAUAGGAGACUUUGGUGAAGAGAUACGCGCAUACGAGCUUCAAAACGCUCUUUGGGUCAAGUGGGAGGACGGCAUCGCAUACCGAAAAGGUCUCGCGCACAUUGGUAAGGAGUACUGGGAUGCAGCCGGACCGGAAGACAUCGAUGUUCGACUGGGGUAGCUUUCC